AUGUCGUCCACUACAUUGAUGACUUUCCUACUCUGCACGAGUCCUCACGUCCGGUCGGUUAAAUUGUUGGGUUCUUGGGACAACUUCUCGAAGCCGUAUGCGAUGGAAAGAGAUAAGCGUGUUGGGCCCGGUCAUUGGCGCGGAUGCCACACGUUCACAAAUAUCAUCUGCGAUGGGUUGCCGAGCCAUAUGAUUCCAGCUCGCACGGGAGGUCUCAAAAUGGGUGGCACCUACUGGUAUUAUUAUUUGCUAGACGAGGAUGUUGAGCACUAUAAUAAGGCGGAGCCUGUGACUUCGCAGUGCCCGAUUCUCCCCGGUCAACCCGUCAAUGUCCUACAUGUUCCUAUAAUCCUCCCUGAUACAAUUCCAACCCACACGCGGGAGAGAAGCCCAACCGCUCACAGAGUAGAGCGAACCAUGAACCCGGACGACAAGUACAUGAAUCCGCGAGAACCCCCGAAGCCCAAGCUUCGCCUUCGCACGUCCCCUCCACUACUGCAACAACCCACUCCGAACUGGUCCUUCAGCACAUCUCCCCUGGAGGCGAUUACAAACAGAAGCGCCUCCCAACCUACUCACAAAGCUCCAAAGGCCAAGAAUCAUUCGGUCGAAACCAAGGAGGCUCGCUCGAUCUCUCCUCCACGAUCAAGGGGUCUCCGUGCCGCUUUUCGGCAAUGGAACGCUUCCUCCCCCAAUAUGACACCUACCGGUGAGCAGGAAAGGUCCGUUCCCAGAUCACUUGCGAAUUACAGCUCAAGUAAUCUACACCAACCUGUGCAAGAGGAUCGCCUGCACAUUAGAAGUCACUCAGAUGACGCCAUCGCGCACCCUUCAUCUGCGAGAAGUAUGGGCGCGUACCUGGAUACCCUCCGGCUACGGCGUCCUGUAUCUGCUGGAGCUCACGACUCCUUGACAAUGUCCAUUCAGGAACGUCGCGCCUUAAAUGCGAAGACCCCGGAUCUCUAUACACCGAGAAAUCCCCUCACCUUGAGAGCGAAGCCAGAUUGGGCGAUUGGGAACCAUAAGACACAACAUUCACCUGCCAUCAAGAAAGCUCUUUCUACGCCUUCAUCCUCCCCAUCGAUGCGGAUCAGAGAAUACGGCCAUUCAUCAACUUCAGAUGAGGCAAUUACUCCGACUCUGUUCACGAUGAAUAAAAGACUUCCUACUCUUCCAAGCUCUCCUUCGUCGGUCAUGGAUGAGGCAUUGCGCGACCUCGAUGCCCGAGAAAGAGAUUUGGAUUUGGAAGCGUUGGCCAGCCAUUUCUCCGAUUUUACGGAGACGGAAUCCCUCGACAGUGACUCUCUAUGUGAGAGGAGCCGCUUCUCAGAGUGGAGUACUGACACUGAGUUAAUCUCCCCUGAGUCUAUGACAUCUUCCUCGACCUUGAACGAGAAACAGGACUUUCCGAUGCCAGCGGCAAUGGAGUUUUGCGAGUCGCUGGACCCCGCCAUCCAUGGUGGAAACAGCGAUCCGAAUACCCCUCAUCUUACGGUGGACUCCAAAGCUUCCCCCGCUACACUACCGGGUGAUUCCCCACGGUUUGAGCUCCCUCUUCCUCGUCUGACAAUCACUUUGUCCCCAUCUGACCUCGACAUCCCGGGUCUUUACAUCGAUGAAGACGGAGAUGAACCGGAAACGAACCCCAAGCGUCAUGCUGCUCUCUUUGGAGCAAUCGAGACCCUAGAGGGCCUGGGACUUGUACCCAGUCCAGAUGCGUCUGCGUUGCAGUUCCCAGAGGGUGCGCAGAGUGUGAAGGAGAAGAAGACCUUCACCCCUACGGACGACACAAACCGGCACAGCACCGGCAUGUUUCUAGCACAAUCUGCGACCAUGAAGGAGAUGAUGGACGAAUUGAGCUACUUGAAAAGCAUCAUUCAAUCCGGAGCCAGCCCGGAUUUCUAA